AUGCAGCUCACCCAGCUUCUUCUUGCAACCGGCCUGUUUGCCUCCUCUGUCUUUGCUGCCCCUCUCGCCAGCGACCAGUGGACCAUCAAAGAUAUGAAGCGUGUCUGCAACGCAGCAGACACCUCGUGCACCUGGACCUUCGGCAUCAACAACGGUGCCACUGUUACCCCUGCCAAGUAUGUUGUGGAGGGCGACGCCGCCUCUCGAAAGAACGGAGGUCCUAGCAACUUUGGAAGCUACACCGUCACUUCAGGCUGGAGCGGCCAGUUCGGCCCGAACAAUGGCUUCACCACCUUGAGCGUUGUUAACAACGAUGCCCGCAAGAUCAUCUGGCCCGCCUACACCGACGCGCAGCUCAAGGGCGGAAAUGUCGUCAAGCCUGAUCAGUCUUACUCUGCUGUUCCUCUUCCUUGA